AUGGGUUUUACAGUACCUUCAAAUCUAUCUGGUGGACUGUAUUUCCUUGAUGGAAAACGAACUACAGUCGAUUCUUCCACGACAUUUGAUGUGCUCGAACCGAGAAUAGGUGCUGUCGUUGCCCAGUGUCCAAUCGCCGACGAACAGACAGUGGAUCGAGCAGUUCAGCUGGCAUCAAGUGUUCAGUCCAUCUGGGGAGAUCUUACACCAUUGGAGAGGGGUAAAGUGCUGAAGAGAGCUGCAGAAAUUAUCAGGGCUAACGUCGAAGCAAUCGCUCGUUGGGAAGUAAAAACUAAUGGAAAACCGAUAUACGAGGCUAGGGUGGAUAUUGAGUCAUCUGCAGACACUAUAGAAUUCUUCGCUGGAGUUGCUCCUGCUGCUCUGCAAGGUGAUCAAAUCGAUUUACCUGGUGGUCCGACUACUCGUUUUGUCUACACACGUCGUGAGCCACUUGGUGUCGUCGCAUGCAUUGGUGCCUGGAAUUAUCCUUUCCAAACAUGCAUGUGGAAGGUGAUUCCAGCGCUGGCUGCCGGUAAUGCUGUUGUCUACAAGCCAUCGCCGUUCGCUCCAGCAUCACCCGUGCUGAUUGGAGAGAUUCUAACGGCGGCUGGAGUCCCGAACGGAAUCUAUAACGUCGUUCAGGGAGAAGGCGCAACCGGUAAAUUUCUGUGCAUGCAUCCGCUUAUUCGUAAGGUGACAUUUACUGGUUCGCUUGCUACCGGUAUGGCUGUUCAGAGACAAUCGGCAAUGGAGAAUGUAAAGCCGGUGACAUUGGAACUCGGCGGCAACUCGGCGCUGAUCAUAUUCGAUGACUCGGAUGUGAAAAGUGCGGUCGCUGCAACAAUGCUGGCUAACUUCUUGAAUCAAGGUGCGGAUUUAAAUUUUUCUGAUUCUCCUAGUAAGUGGAACUCAUCCAAAGAUCGUUUAAAGGGACAAGUUUAUGAGGAAGGCUCUAGGCUCUAUACUUUAACACCACGUAAAAGUGCUGUUGGAAGGAAUUAG